AUGGAGUUCUUCGAGAAGGGCAGCAUCGUCAACAUCCAGCGCAGCGAUGGUCGCGUUCACUCGGCGAUGGUGUCGCGGUUCCACGAGGUGACACGUUCCGUCACGGUGGAAUGGUACGAACGAGGUGAAUCGAAGGGCAAGGAGAUCGAACUCGACACCCUGCUCGAGCUGAACAAGACCGGAAUGCCACCGGCGGCGAUGGAUGACGAGAUGCGCAAGGAUACACCUGCCCCGGCUAACUUGGCCCGUCGAUCGAGUUCCAUCGAAGACGAAGAGGACUCCCAGCCAGAACAAACGAAUGCAACGCAAGCGGCGAUCCGAUUCCACAACAUCAUGGCGCAACGAGCGGAAUCGGCCAAAAACGUGACGCAACCGAUGGGUCCGGUAUCGUCCGCCCUAAACCGGGUGAACAACACGGCCGGCCAGCAACCGGCCCGUGCUGCCGAGCAGCAACAACAGCAACAGCAGCAGCAGCAGCAGCUGGGGGCAACCGUUCGCACCAACGCCAAAGCUGCCCGGAACACUAUCGUCAAUUACAACAAUCAGGCUGGGCGCCCUUCGAUAGCCACAAAUAAACCAGCGGCAGAUCAACCAUUCGAGUCUCGAGCACAACAGAAGGCUCUGACACGACUGACAGUCAACAACAUGCAGCAGCAACAGCAGCAGCAAAAUCAAUCUGCCUCGCAGGUGAGCUCGAACGCCAACAAUGCAGUUGCCGGUUCCAUACCACGCCGGUCAUCCUGCGUCGUUACGGUUGGCAUCAUGGAGGAGAACCGCAUCAAGCAGCGCGACAAGUUCAAGGUGAUGCGCGAAAAGAAGAACGCCCUCAUGAACCAGGACGGGGGCAACCCGAACUGGGAGUUCGUUAACAUGAUCCGCGAGUACCAGAACACGAUCGACUUCCGCCCGCUGGAUGGGCAACCGGUCGAGCUGCAUCAGAUCACGGUGUGUGUCCGGAAGCGGCCACUCAGCCAGAAAGAGCUCAUGCGCAAGGAGAUUGACGUGAUUUGCGUGCCGAACAAGAACACGCUGAUUGUGCAUGAACCGAAGACGAAGGUCGACCUCACGAAGUAUCUCGACAAUCAGAAGUUCCGAUUUGAUUACACCUUUGACGAUACGUGCACAAACGAGACGGUUUACACCUACACCGCCAAACCGUUGGUACAGUCCGUUUUCGAAGGGGCCAUGGCAACCUGCUUCGCAUAUGGUCAGACUGGUUCUGGCAAGACGCACACGAUGGGUGGCAGCUUCAACGGGCGCACCCAGGACAGCAAGAGUGGAAUUUACGCACAGGCGGCUAAGGACAUAUUCGAGCAUCUACGCAGCCCGAAGUACGCCUCGCUGAACCUGGUGGUAUCAGCUAGCUUUUUUGAAAUUUACAGUGGCAAGGUGUUCGAUCUGCUAUCAAACAAGCGCAAGAUACGCGUGCUGGAAGACGGCAAGAAACAGGUGCAACUCGUUGGUUUGACGGAGAAAGAGAUGGACUCAGUCGAGGAGGUCCUGGCGCUUAUCAGUAGUGGUAACACCAUCCGAACAUCCGGCCAGACGGCGGCCAACACAAACUCGUCCCGCUCGCAUGCCAUCUUCUCGCUGACGCUGCGGGUCCGCGGCACGAGCAAGGUGCACGGCAAGUUCUCGUUCAUCGAUCUCGCCGGCAACGAGCGGGGUGCGGACACAUCCUCGGAGGAUCGGCGCACGCGCAUGGAAAGCUCGGAGAUCAAUAAAUCGCUGCUGGCCCUGAAGGAGUGCAUCCGAGCGCUCGGGCGCCAGAACUAUCUGCCGUUCCGUAGCAGCAUCCUGACGCACGUGCUGCGCGAUUCCUUCAUCGGGGAGAACAUCCGGACGUGCAUGAUAGCGAUGAUUGCGCCUGGUAUGACGUCCUGCGAGCACACGCUCAACACGCUGCGUUAUGCGCACCGUGCGAAGGAACUGUCCGUGAACGAGCGGAUCGACGAGGAGGAACCGAUGGAGAGCGAUGAGCCGGUUAAUAACGGUGGCAUCAGCAAUCGGAACGAUCUAGCCCAGCUGCGGUCGCUUAACGAACACGAAAUGUCGAUGGAGAUGUACAAUCAGCACACGGCCAUAUCGGAUCUGCAGCAGAAGGAAGAAGAGGUUCUCGACAAUCAUCAGCGGAUGAUCGAAUUUUUGGAAAAGUUCGUACCCGAGGCAAAGGAGCUGUACAACCUCUCGAAUCUGGUGGACUACGAUCAGGAUGCCUACUGUAAACGCGGUGAGGAGCUGUUCACGCAACUAGCCGAAAUUGCCAACUCUAUCAAGGAUUUGAUGUCCGAGUUCCGUACCAAGCUGGCACAAGAGGAGAUGGUUUCGCAAUCAACCAAAACGAACCAUCGCAAGUAGAACCGUUGAUGCACUUACAGAAAUGAGUUCAAACCUUUUCUCUUCUUAAUACCUUGACUG